GUAGCGGCGGCGCCGGCCUGGUCUGGCUGCGGGGAGGCGGCGGGCGGGCGGGCGCGAUGGCUGAGGCCGGGCCGCAGGCGCCGCCGCCCCCGGGCACCCCGAGCCGCCACGAGAAGAGCCUGGGGCUUCUCACCACAAAGUUCGUGUCGCUGCUGCAAGAGGCCAAGGACGGCGUGCUUGACCUCAAGCUGGCAGCCGACACCCUAGCCGUGCGCCAGAAGCGGCGGAUUUAUGACAUCACCAACGUGUUGGAAGGUAUUGGGCUGAUAGAGAAGAAAUCCAAGAAUAGCAUCCAGUGGAAGGGCGUAGGGCCUGGCUGCAACACCCGGGAGAUCGCGGACAAACUGAUCGAGCUCAAGGCUGAGAUCGAGGAGCUGCAGCAGCGGGAGCAGGAGCUGGACCAGCACAAGGUGUGGGUGCAGCAGAGUGUCCGCAACGUCACGGAGGACAUGCAGAACACCUGCUUGGCAUAUGUGACUCACGAAGACAUCUGCAGGUGCUUUGCUGGAGACACCCUCCUGGCCAUCCGGGCCCCAUCAGGCACCAGCCUGGAGGUACCCAUUCCAGAGGGCCUCAAUGGGCAGAAGAAGUACCAAAUCCACUUGAAGAGUGUCAGUGGCCCUAUCGAGGUGCUGCUGGUGAAUAAAGAGGCGUGGAGUUCACCUCCCGUGGCUGUGCCUGUGCCACCGCCUGAGGAUCUGCUCCAGAGUGCCCCUGCUCUGUCUACCCCUCCACCUCUGCCCAAGCCUGCCCCGGCCCAGCCCCAGGAAGUAUCACGUCCAAGCAGUCCCCAGUUACCUGUCCCCACCCCUGGCUCUGCCGGCACCGAAGUUCAGGUUGUGGUUGACCCAACAGCUGAGCUCACAGUGAGUGGUGGCCCUGGAGCCGAGAACAAGGACCCUGGGGAGCUCAGCUCCCUCCCGCUGGGCCCGACAGCGCUGGACACUCGGCCCCUGCAGUCUUCGGCUCUGCUAGACUGCAGCAGUAGCAGCAGCAGCAGUAGCAGCAGCUCCAGCUCAUCCGGCCUCAACCCUUCUACCUCCUUCGAGCCAAUCAAGGCCGACCCCACAGGCGUCCUGGAACUUCCGAAGGAGCUGUCGGAGAUCUUUGAUCCCACACGAGAAUGCAUGAGCUCAGAGCUGCUGGAGGAGCUUAUGUCCUCAGAAGUGUUUGCCCCCCUCCUCCGUCUUUCUCCGCCCCCUGGAGACCACGAUUACAUCUACAACCUGGACGAGAGCGAAGGUGUUUGUGACCUCUUUGAUGUGCCUGUGCUCAACCUCUGACUGACAAGGGAUGUGCUGAGUGUGGCUGGGUCCCGGGCUGGCUGACCUGGGGCCUCUGCCCACCCCACCCCACCCCACCCCACCCCACAUAGCUCCUGGCUCCCCCAGGCCCCAUCCCCUGCAGAUUUGGUCACAGCUCCCACUACUGCACUGGCACCUGUACUGUGCUACACAGCAGGAGAAAGGGAUUCCGCUCCCUACGCCAUGGCGCCAAGAUGAUCACGUCUCCUUUUCCAGAACCUUCCCAGCCCUGGCUUUACCGCCACCCAGUGGCACUGGCCUUCUUCCCACUCUGCCUCGGGCAGCUUGUCCAACCCCCUUUGCCCUGCCACCCCCUGGCUCCAUGGGAGAGAAGCACCAGUGGUACUGAGUAUUCACCAGCACCCCUCAGAGCCGUCUCUGCUGCUUCCUGCCCACUGCCUAAGGCUCCUCCUUGAUCUCCCACUUGCCCCCUCUGGGCCCUGAGUCCUGAGCCCCUGCAGGUGGUGGGUGUUGACAAGAAGGAACAGGGCUCUCUCAUUUGGAGCUCUCCUGGUUAGGGCCGAGGACUGACCCAACCUCCUGCUGUCCCAUAGCUGCCUCUGCAUUUCCACUUACUCUUUUGCCCUCAUUUUAGAGCCAUUUGCAGAGAUUUAGAAAGAUUUACAGUAACGAAUGGAUUCCUAUAUAAAGAUUAUUUUUAUACUUUUUGCAGCAAAAGGAAAUUGUAAUAUUUGUACAGUGUCCACGUGAAUAAAGACCAUGCCUAAGGCUA